AUGAUUUUAUUGUUUCUAGCUUCUCUAGUAAAUUCAAAACAAGUCCAAGAUGCUGGAUCAUACACAGACUUUAUUGAAAGCUCACUAACUCUAACAUUUAAUCCGAAGUCGAAUCGAGAAAAUUUUCUUAUCAUAACAAAUCCAAACGAAUUCAAAAGUGGGAACAAAUCUAUAAGUUCUAUAUAUAGAAACCCAACAGAGCUUACUUUCAAUGGUUCAAAUCAAGAAAUUCAUUAUAUUUAUUUAACAUUACUCAAAGAUUGUGACUACAUUGAUAUAGUAGUUAAUGCAGGACCUAAUAAUAAGAUUACAUUGAAGGCAAGCGACUUAUCCGUAAAGUCUCAAUAUUGUUUAGCGUUUGUAAACCAAAAUGAACAGGAUUAUACAGUUUUCAGAUCAGACGAAACAAAUCCUUCAGAUAAACUGUAUGUUUCUUCAUCAUUGACGAUGGAAAAUGGUGGAAGCAAACAAAAUGUUAACAAGGAAUUAAUAAUUAAAAAUCAGAACGCUGUUAUCCUGUCAUUUAUUACUAAUUCCAAGUCUGUUGAUGAUGGCACGGAGAUUGGCAUUACAAAAUUCGAAGGACAAAAAUCAAAUUACUCAAUUAAGUAUUAUUACGUUCCUGAGUACAAAAACGUGUUUUACUCUUCAUCACCUGUUAUUUCCAGCCAGAUUAAGUUCGAAUAUGGUCCAAGAGAAAUAAAAUUAACAAAAGAUCCCCAAAUAAUCGAAAUUCCAUCAGGAACUUAUCUAACAUUUAGUGAUUCUGACCAAUCAUGCAAAGGAAGAGCUUUCUCAGGCCUCAAUACCAUUGAUUUUCUCGGAUAUACAAAGAUUGUUGCUAUUUCUUUCAUUUCUAAUGGAUAUAUCGAGCUCUGGUCAUCAUCUGAUGAUAAAUGCAAAGAAAUACAUUACGUUGCAUUCAAAAAUUCCUCAAUUUCAAGUUGCGAUGAAGUUAUUACUAUAAUUGGCCAAGUUUCAUACAAAUCGAAGUUCUCACCAUUCACAAAUUGUUGUGUUUACGCGGGAAUUUCGAAAGGAAAAAUUUCGAUUUCGGAUACAGAUAAAUCUGCGAAAUUCUACAAAUCCGAUGGUACUCCGUAUCAAUAUAGGAAGGAUGAUGCAACAAUACCUCUCCAACUUGUCAUUUCUACCAAAGCAUAUGAUGACAAAAUCAAAUUUAAAGUCAAAGACAAAGAAAGCAACAAAGAGAUAGUUAUUAGGAAUGGCAGACAGAACUACAUGUCAUACAGUAUAUCAGAAGAUUCUAUUGUCAAUACGAAUGCUUUAAUUGGAGAUAAUGAUGAUAAUUUUGAUUUUGAUGGAAUUUCUAUUUCAAAAAUCAUUGCAAUUAUUAUUGGAUUCACAGUGUUUAUUGUUGUAUUGGGAACUGUGUUUAUUGUUGUGUUUAUUUGUACAUUUACUUAUUGCUGCAAGAGAAAAUCAGAAAACUCUGAUACAACAACAUCUUCUGUCACUCAGACACAUGUUCCAUUGAGUUUGUUUGUUUGUUUUUUUAUAAAUAAAGCUUUACUCCCUUCGAAAUUUUGUUCAAUGUGUUCAUUCUAUACUUAG